AUGUCGCAGCUUUGUCAGUCAGAUAUAUUCAAAAAACGCUCCAAGCUCCUUAGCCGUGAUGCUCAAGUGGAUCUUUCAUAUGAGAGGGCCAAAGCCAUUGGCUUAGCACUCGGCAUCACUCUUCAUGAUACUUUGCAUCUAACACAAAAUUUUUGGGACAUGCACACCGACCCAAUCAUGGUCCUCGAUGGGGCCGCCUCCAUGCUGCUGACCAUCCAGUACAAUCUGGUUGCAGGAACACUUGCCAAAUAUGCUGCGACUACUAGACCUGACUUGGUCUCCCUCGUCGAGGACAUUCUUCGAUGGAAUGUCAGUGGCCAAUUCUGCCUUACCGAGCUGGGGAGAGGCCUAGACAUCUUCCGAAUGAAGACAUCAGCGACACUUCUCCCAACAGGUGAAUUCGAUCUUCAUACGCCGUUGCCCUCGGAUGCCAAGUUCAUGCCACCAACCGUUCCAGUGAAAGGUCUUCCAUGUGUCGCCAUUGUUUUUGCACAACUGUACGUGGACGGUGAAUGCCGUGGACCUCGACCGUUUCUUGUGAAUCUGAACGACAGAUAUGAUAUGUGCAACGGGGUGACUUCAAUGUUGCUACCACCUAGAGGAGGCUCGUCCCCCGUCAACCAUGCACUCACAAGCUUCAAUCACGUCCGCUUACCGCCUUCGGCCCUUCUCGGGGACCUCACCAAGUCCAACACAAUGCAUCGCGACUUUAUGUCCUCUAUAUGGCACGUUGCGGUUGGGUCGCUAGCGCUUGGCUCAGCUGCAAUACCUAAUCUCCAGGUGGCAUCGUACAUCGCCGCGCGUUACUUUCAGCGUCGUCAUGUCACCAGCGUGUAUGGACAUCCUUCGCCAAUAAUUUCAUACCGGACGCUGACCUGCACCAAACUGGUUCGGUGCAUGGAUGACUGA